UGCAGCAGGAGCAGCAGCACCACCACCAGCAGCUGCGAGUGCGCGCCUGUGGGUGUGAGGUUGAGAGCGCUGGCGCUGGCCACAGCGCCCUGCCUAGCUCCCUGCCAGCUUUCCUAGCCCCCGCCUGUGGGAGCCGCCCUCCCGUGGGACCAGCACCCUCGUCUCGGCAAGGCAAGCCUGAAUCCUGCCCCUGCCAUCUCGCCACUGCAGUGUGGGUCCGGAAAGGCACCAUUUUGUCGCGGCUGCCCGCUCUCCCAAGGGAGGAGGGCUCUCCUUUUUUGCAUUUUGAAGCCACUGCCUACCAAGGGGAACCUGUUGGGCAUCUCCCCAGCCCCGCUUGGGAGUGCCUCCUGGGCAGUCGGGCAGGACCAGACCUCUCGUGGGGGACACAGGGCUUCCUGGUACCCGGAGGCAGAGGAGGCAGGCACAGCAUCCUCGCUGGGAAUUGGAGCUGAAGUGAGCGCACCGUGCGGGAGGAGCCACCGCAGCCGCGGAGAACGGAGUGGAGGAGGUGACAGCUCCAUUGCCGGGUUUUUAUUUUCUUCUCUCUCCGCCUCCCCGUCUCCUCUUCAGGCUUGGACCAUGGUGCAGUCCCACUGGCUCCCCUGCCCCCCUCUCCUGUGAGACUGGCUGCGGGGUGGGAUCAUGGAUACUUGUCUGCCGGCUUCUGGUUCCCACGCAAGUAAGCCUGCUGUCAAUGGAGGAGGACAUUGAUACCCGCAAAAUCAACAACAGUUUCCUGCGCGACCACAGCUAUGCGACCGAAGCUGACAUUAUCUCUACGGUAGAAUUCAACCACACGGGAGAGUUACUAGCGACUGGGGACAAGGGGGGUCGGGUUGUAAUAUUUCAGCGAGAACAGGAGAGUAAAAACCAGGUUCACCGUAGGGGUGAAUACAAUGUUUACAGCACAUUCCAGAGCCAUGAACCCGAGUUCGAUUACCUGAAGAGUUUAGAGAUAGAAGAAAAAAUCAAUAAGAUAAGAUGGCUUCCUCAGCAGAAUGCAGCUUACUUUCUUCUGUCUACCAACGAUAAAACUGUGAAGCUGUGGAAAGUCAGUGAGCGUGAUAAGAGGCCAGAAGGCUACAACCUGAAAGAUGAGGAAGGCCGGCUCCGGGAUCCUGCUACCAUCACGACCCUGCGGGUGCCCGUCCUGAGACCCAUGGACCUGAUGGUGGAGGCCACCCCACGAAGAGUGUUUGCCAAUGCGCACACAUACCACAUCAACUCCAUAUCCGUCAACAGCGACUACGAAACCUACAUGUCUGCUGAUGACCUGAGGAUUAAUCUGUGGAACUUUGAGAUAACCAAUCAGAGUUUUAAUAUCGUGGACAUCAAGCCGGCCAACAUGGAAGAGCUCACAGAGGUGAUCACGGCAGCCGAGUUCCACCCCCAUCACUGCAACACCUUUGUAUACAGCAGCAGCAAGGGGACAAUCCGGCUGUGUGACAUGCGGGCAUCGGCUCUGUGUGACAGGCACACCAAGUUUUUUGAAGAGCCAGAAGAUCCAAGCAACAGAUCGUUUUUCUCUGAAAUUAUCUCUUCAAUUUCGGAUGUGAAGUUCAGCCACAGUGGGAGGUAUAUCAUGACCAGAGACUAUCUGACCGUGAAAGUCUGGGAUCUCAACAUGGAAAAUCGCCCCAUCGAGACUUACCAGGUUCAUGACUACCUCCGCAGCAAGCUGUGCUCCCUCUACGAAAAUGACUGCAUUUUUGAUAAAUUUGAGUGUGUAUGGAAUGGGUCAGACAGUGUCAUCAUGACCGGCUCCUACAACAACUUCUUCAGGAUGUUCGACCGCAACACCAAGCGUGAUGUGACGCUUGAGGCCUCGAGGGAAAACAGCAAGCCCCGGGCUAUCCUCAAACCCCGAAAAGUGUGCGUCGGGGGCAAGCGAAGAAAAGACGAGAUCAGUGUGGACAGUCUGGACUUUAGCAAAAAGAUCCUGCAUACAGCUUGGCAUCCUUCAGAAAACAUUAUAGCAGUGGCGGCUACAAAUAACUUAUAUAUAUUCCAGGACAAGGUUAACUAGGAGGACAAGCUAUUACUUAGUCUCACAUACUGAAUACUAGUCAAACGAGUUUUUAAAUGUUUCUUUGGGUCUUCAUUUGAUGCAUUGCGUUUCAUUUCCCUAUGCAUAAAACAAUUGGAAUAGGAUUUAAAAGGAGUUCAAUGUUCCCAGCUCCCCAAUUCUAAGAAACUUUUGUCCAACUCUGUAGACUCGGGCCACUUCUGUUUAGAACCGAGAGCUGCCAACUGGCACUAAUUCUCCCAUAGUCGACUUGAAUUUCUGAUGCGUUCACUCAUUGCCCAGUUUUCUCUGGUGGGUUCCGUGUUUUGUUUCUAGGUGUCUGCUGCGAUAAAAAUGAGAUUGUCUGUAGUAUUUAAGGCGAAGAGAUAAGGUUUUUUUUAAUUAAGCAAUUCCAUUUGUUUGAAAAAAAUCAACAAAAAAUAAACACUGUUUACUCUUA